GACGCAUUGUAGCAACUCUACAGAUAUUUGACAUCCGUGGGGUGCGAAGCAAUACAGGAUGAGUAAGCCCACUUCAACCGAUAUGAGCGACGUAAGAGAGCAACUGUACUCCAUUGACCAAAAGUAUGAGCGCCUCAAACAGCAGCAGUUUAUAUUUAUCACAGCUCUUGAGAGGUCGAGAGAACAUGCCAGAGACAAAACUGAGCCAGUCUCCUCGGUCACACAGGUACAACAGUACAUGAACCAUGACUGCAGCAACUCCACAGACAGAUGCAUCUUCUCGCUCUUUUUGGAAAUAAUGGCUGAUCUUGAGGGUGUUCUGAAACUUAUGGAAUCCUCAUUGUCGAACCGAAACACUUCCUGUGAGGGCUUAGAUGCCUGCAGUGAGCUCCUGAACCCCAACACUAACAUCAGCCAGCUAAGAGCACACUACCCGCACAAUGCGAUCAAUCGCCUGAGCUGUGAUGAAGCAAGAAAUUUCUAUGGUGGAAUUGUGAGUGUGAUACCACUGGCUCUAGACCGUCUCACCUCCUGCUGUAAAAGAGCCACUCAACCUCUCACUUCCACAGCCACAAAAACAUCACCUCAGCAAACAGAGGCCGAGAAAGCAGGGACUUCUGCUGACCUUGACAAGAGUACCAGUAACAACUCAAGUAUAGUAUAUAGAAAAGGCACAGGUGGCUGGCAUGCAGGAAAACCGGCCUGGAAGCCACCAAGCAAUACAAAGAGAUAAAAU